UCGUAUAAGGAGAGAGGCGAUUUCCUUCUCCGUCAGUCUUAGUUCAGUGCUGUGACAACCAACCAUCCUCACAACAAAUCUGUGCAGUUUUCGUGGACCUUAGUUAUUUUGCCGGUGCUUCCACCAUCAUAACACACCAUACUUGGAUUGAUCACCACCUCACCACGAUGCGACUCCUAGGCCUCCUGGUGCUCUCAGUGAGCAUUGCGGCCAGCACCCUGGCGGACGAGGACUGGUCCUGGGGCAGCAGCAGCGAGAAGAAAUCACCCUCGAAAGACAGCAACACAGACUCGAGCAGUGCGCAUGCGCAGUUGAGUGCAACAGUGGUUGAUGACAUCAUCGAUGGUGGAAGAGGGGGACGCCAACUGGAGGGCUUUGAUGACGUGUACAGUGACCCUGACGUGCAACAGGCCUUGUCAGCAGGAAAUGACUCGCAGGCGAGACAUUACAUCAAGGAGAGGCUGUGUGGAUUGGGGCUGAUGGCGUGUGACGAUGAAAUUGAAGAAAAACGCCCGCACGUCCAUCCCCAAGACCUGAUCUACGCCCAACCAGUCCACCUGAAACCAGUGGGUCGCCCCAUCACGGCCAUACCCAUCAAAGGGGGCUCGCCUGUAAGCGGACCAGGGUACGGACCCCCUCGUCCCGUACCCCUGCCAGGAUAUGGAGGCAGGCCUCCUCCACCCUUCAGCUCGGGACCCUCCCAUAAACCAUCCUACUACGGAGGUGGUCCACCCCCUCCACCCUACCGCGGGGGCAGUGGACCAGGACCCGUUUUUGCCGGCUCCAAACCGUCAGCGGUUUUCGAACCCGAACCCGAUUUCCAUUAUAACAGACCGCUGCAGGGGGCUGCUGACGAGAAAAAGGUGGUAGUAGUAAACAGCCAAUCGGAUAAGGUGCAGCAUCACGUGCAUCACCACUUCCACCACGACGCUGACAAGAACGCGGCGGAUGCGUCGUUCGUGCCACCCGCGGCGAUCGAGUCACCCGUCUACCCGCCCCUGGGGCCCGUCUCCUACAGCCCGUCCGGGGCGUCAGGCUCGCUCUACCCGUCCAACAGCAUUCCCGGCUCCAGCUAUGCCGGCUCCUACAACGGAGUCAACACGGGGCCCUUCUACAAGAAGGAACUGAAUCUGAAGGGCGGAUAUUCGACAAACAACUACGUGACCCAGAGCGCAGCCUCGUUCAACAACUACCCCAAGUACGAGACACCCCGCGCUGAUGGGGGCUUCGGGGACUGCAUCUGCGUUCCCUACGACCAGUGUCCCCCCCACGAGAUCGCCCGCAAGGAGGAUGGCUACUUCAUCGACCCACGUACCGUGUCGGGGGCCACCAUAGAGGCGCUUGGACCUGAUGAUGUUGUCGUUACUGACGGAAAUGGUACAAUGACAGUUGUGUCCAAGCACUCGAAACGUGACGACUCCGAGGCCAAAAGCAACGAUGACGAAAUAACGAAGAGCACAGAGAAUGCUGAUGAAAGUGGAUCGAAAGCGGAACCGGAAACAAGCAGGAGGAAGAGGGAAGCUGCAGUAGACACGAACGAAUCAACUGAGAGGAAGAACGUGAAACCGCGAGAACUGGCACCCUCCAACACAGCCGUAGCAAGCAACCGCUAUCAAGUUAUAGAUCAGAAUGCAGAAACUGCUGAUGGCCGCCAAGCCAACUACGGCUUCAGUCGUUGUCCGGCUACUCAAGUGUGUUGUCGUCGUCCGCUGCAGCCGGCACAUCCGUCGCAGACGGCGCCGCAGUACAGACCACCGCAGCCGCAGCCGCAGCCGGGACAUGGCGUUCACGGCGGGCACGGUCAGUGCGGUCACCGCAACACGCACGGCAUCAACGGACGCAUCAAGAACCCCGUCUAUGUCGACGGUGACAGCGAGUUCGGUGAAUACCCAUGGCAAGUGGCCAUCCUGAAGAAGGACCCUCAUGAGAGUGUCUACGUUUGUGGAGGAACCCUCAUUGAUAACGCUCAUAUUAUCACCGCUGCUCAUUGUAUCAAAUCCUAUGCCGCCCACGACCUCCGCGUCAGACUGGGCGAAUGGGACGUGAACCACGACGUAGAGUUCUACCCGUACGUAGAACGCGACGUACUGCAGCUGUUCGUGCAUCCCGAGUUCUACGCUGGUACACUGUUCAACGACCUGGCAAUACUGCGCCUUGACCGACCAGUGGACUUCGUUCAGAGUCCGCACAUCAGCCCGGCCUGUCUGCCCGACCCAUACACCGACUUCUCCGGUCAACGCUGCUGGACCACCGGUUGGGGAAAGGAUGCGUUCGGCGACUACGGAAAGUACCAGAAUAUCUUGAAGGAAGUGGAUGUGCCAGUAGUGUCUCAACAGCAGUGCCAGGCUCAGCUACAAAACACACGGCUAGGAUACGAGUUCAAGCUGCAUCCAGGAUUCAUCUGCGCUGGCGGAGAGGAGGGCAAGGAUGCUUGCAAGGGAGACGGCGGUGGACCAAUGGUGUGCGAGCGUAACGGCAUCUGGCAAGUAGUGGGCGUAGUCAGUUGGGGUAUUGGCUGUGGUCAAUAUGGCGUCCCUGGCGUCUACGUCAGAGUCGCCCAGUACUUGGAUUGGAUAAGGCAGAUCACCAACAGAUACUAAUCAUCCAUCAAUCGCAUCCACGCUUUCAUCUCUGAUCAAUAAUAUUAUCAUCCAAGAAAUCAAUAAGAUCCAUUCAUCUCAUCUCCAAUUGAUAUUGUUCAACAUCGUUGAUAGCUACCGUACUUGUAACUGAUCAUAUUACUUUCUUAAUAUGAAAAAUUAUUUCUUUACUUUCUCAAAAGUGUUCGUCAGGCUAACGUCUAAGAAAAACUUGGAUACAAUUAUGUUGAAUUUAUUCAUUUCUAAUGAAUAAUUCUCAUCAUCAACGAUACCUGAGACCAGUGGUACUGAAGCUUAUCAAUUUCAAAUUAGCAGUAUUAGUAUUCAUAUUACUAGAAUAACUUAGAACCAAUCAUUUUGAAUUUAUUCAUCUUCAUUAUAAAUUGUUCAGUCAAUUUCAGUAACAUAUUGUAAGAAUCAAUUGUGAAGCAUCCAUUAUCAAUUGAGGAUCUUGAACAUCACCAAUAUAUACUUGCAAACUUAUUUAUCAGUAAUUUUAGAAGAAAAGUUUUUCCAUCUGUAAUCAAGACAUCACUGGAAGAAUUAUUAAUUUUCAUCGAUAUUUUCUCAGAAGUGUUUAAAAUCACCAAGAGAUUCUAGGACCAAUUCUAGAAUAUUCGAGCUUUUUAGAGUGAGAGUGUUCAAGAACAUUUUUUUUUUUUGUAGUAGCAUGAGUUGUGAAGUUUACUAAUAGUACUUGUUAUGGACUUGUAAAUUAUUUAUAAUAAUGUUUUGUAAUUAAUUCACAAAUGUUAAGGUGUAGCUUUGGGUUUCUUGACUACGCCAUUCGUGUUAAUCGUCACAUACUUUUGAUUAAUGGUUUACAAUCAUUAUAAAUUACAUCCUAAAUACUUUAUAUGAAACCACAUAUUGGAUUGACAUCUACUACAAAUAUUUCUAGGCUAUUAGAUUAUUGUAUUUUAUUCUUCUUAUAUUUUUGAAGGAAAUUACAUGAGAACUUGUCUAUUUUUUGUAAUGAUCAUGAAUAUACAUGAAUAGAUAGAUUAAUUGCAGUGUUGCAAAUCGAGUCUCUUAUUAUCACUAUUAUAGAUGUGACAGGAGGGGAAAAGAGAUAGAAAUAUGUGAAGGAAAAAAAUAUGAAAGUAAAAGAAGAUAAGGAUUCUGGAAGAUAAUGGAUACAGAGGUAGUAAUAUUAUUGUAGAAAGAUUCAUCACUGCUGUAUUCAGUGAUAAAAUCAAAAACUAGGCAUAAUAAAUGAAUAGGUGAAAGUUACCAAUUAUAUAAUUAAAAUAAUCGAAAACACUACUGGUUUUUGAUUUUAAUAUUGCAAUGCCCUAGCCAAGAAACCUGGAGAUUUGAGUAAUGCAUAUUACAUAUAAUAAUUAUAUUAAUAUUAGUUUGUAAUUUUUGUAAUAAUUGUUCUAUGUGUGCAUCUCUUUUGUUAUAAAUUGUAUUACUAGGAAUUAUAAUAAAUACAUUUCUAAUUUGUGAA